CCGGAAGUGUUUACAACAGGAAGCUAGGCUAACAGGCUAACUAAGCAACUUGACUGAGCAGAGUGUUUAAAGUUCAGCAGAACAGCAGCGCGUGGAGUCUCUGAGUUUGUGUCCGCGGGAUCUUCUCAGGAGUCAGGAUGAGUCUGCAGUGGAUGGCGGUGGCCACCUUCCUGUACGCUGAGGUCUUCCUCGUUCUGCUGCUCUGCAUCCCCUUCAUCUCACCUAAGAGGUGGAAUAAAAUCUUCAAGUCUCGGAUCAUCCAGACCAUCGCUCUCUAUGGAAACACCUGGUUCAUGGUGGCCAUCGCCAUCCUCGUCUUCCUCCUCAUCGACGCUUUCCGUGAGGUGAGGAAGUACAGCGUGACUGAGAAGGUGGAUCUGACCAACAACCCGACGGCCAUCGAACACAUCCACAUGAAACUGUUCAGAGCUCAGAGGAACGAGUACAUCGCCGGCUUCGCCCUGCUGCUCUGCCUGUUGCUGCGUCGUCUCGCCACUCUGCUCUCCCAGCAGGCCUCGCUCAUGGCCUCCAACGAGGCCUUCAAGAAGCAGGCAGAGGGCGCCAGCACCGCCGCCAAGAAAUACAUGGAGGACAACGAGCUGCUGCAAGAGAAACUGCGUGACGCUGGUAUCGAGGUGCCGGAGGCAGGAAAGAAGGGACCAGGACCACAGGAGGAGAACAAGGCUCUGAAGGAGGAGGUGAAGACCCUGAAGGAGGAGCUGGACACCACCAAGAAAGCUCUGCACAAGUCGGACAGUGACGUUCGUGCGAUGAAGAAACAGGCCGAGAAUCUGACGGUGGAGUACGACAGACUGCUGGACGAACACAGCAAACUGCUGGCAACCAGUGACAAGAAAUCAGACUGAGGACGACAAGGACGACUUCCUGCUCCUCCCAUCUCCAUCCUCAUCAUCGUCGCAGUCCUUAAUAAGCAGCUCUUGCAUCAGUAAAUUGAUGUCACUUCCUUUUGUUUGGAUUAAAUGACGUCGCCGAGCUGCGAUUGGUUUAUUUCAUGUGGUUUAAAAAAAUAUCUCAUCUGCCUGUCGGAGCUUCAAGAGAAAGAUCACCGGCUGUGUGUGAACGUUUGUGUGUAACUGACGAGGUUUUUUUUGUUGUUUAUUUGGAGCUGAUUUACUGAGAAACAUCAAAUCUGAUCUGAUCAUUCCCCGUUUCCUGCGAAACAUCCUGAACUCCAACACGUUUCUGGACAUGGAAACACACGAGCUUUAUUCCAAACUCUGAGGUCCAGUGUUUUAUAAAACACCUGAAAUACAAAAGUUGCACAUUGUGGAUUCAUGUCGGGUCAAAACGUCUCCAAACAUUCGUUUCUCUGAAAUCACAGAGUGAAUUUAAAGUUUUAAAUUGAUCCAAAAUGAAUUCCCUCCAGUGAUGAAUGAAAACAAACUAACAGUCUGCAGAGUGACGGUUUGAUGAUCGCUUUGUACGAACCAAACUAAAGAUCUGUCUCCUCCUGAUUUAAAACCAUGUUUCAUGAUUUAUUAUUUUAUCACCAGUUUGACACUGAAGCAUCCACAGACUAAUGUUCUCCUCACAUACAGUAAAAUAAAAGAUUAAAAACUGUUCAGACUUUAGUUCGGCUCGUACACAGUGAUCCUUCUCUGUCGUAAUCAACGCGGUUCAUUAGAUUUACUUUAGGUUGUGUUUCAGUUUGUUUGUGGUGUUAAAGGUUUAAUGUCUCGACAUUUUCAGAUGAAGAUUUUUCUCUUUUGAAAACUAGUUUUUGUUUCAGUCGGCUUCAAACAUCUGAAACUGUCAUCGUCUAAAGAUGUGGAGGUUUCAGCAGAAUGACAUGUGAAAUGUUUAAGACAGAGUGAAUAUCUGCGUUCACUCUGACAGGUGUGUUAGGUGUGUGUUAGGUGUGUGUCUGUGUGUGUUAUUUGUUUGAUGGAAGUGGUGAGUCUGAACAGACGUGCAGCUGUGAUGAGUCAAAUCAUGUUCACCUGUUUUAUUUUUGUUUGUUUGUACCUGAAUCUAAAUUGGGGAAGAUUUUGGAGAAGAUAACGCUGCAUGUGAGCAACUCAAGAGCUUUAAAGAGUUUCAGAGUUGUCUGUCUGCAAACAGAUCUUUAUUCGUCAUGUUUGCAGACAGACGGACGAACGGACAGACAGCUCAGCUUCACUCAGACACUCAUGCGUCAACUGCGGCUCAGUUGCCGGUCAUUUCAUGUAGCUGCACGGACCUGUGAAGGCCGUCAGUCUCUGAACCCGACCACCUGACCUGUUCUCUCAUCUGUAAUAAGUCCAUGUUUAACUUUAAAUCUUGUCCAGAUUUCGGGUUUACUUACUGUGUUGUUGAAAUAUCUCUCAACUGUGUGUUCCUGUCACAGCUGCACGUCUGUUCAAACUGCCUGAUGUAGCUGUGGCUCAUGUAGGGUUGAGUCCACUCAGCUCUCACUCCACGUCAGUUUACGUCUGUUUUUAUUUUUUAGUUUACGUAUAAUUUCUCAGUUCUGUCACAUUCCCUUCCUGCAUGAUGAAACUUUAAGGCACAAAUUAUUUUGGUGAUUUUGAACUUUUCUUUGUCAUGUGUGAAACACUUUGUUGAUGCUGAACGUGCAGAUUUAUCAUGUGAUCACCGCCUUGUGUCUCAGACGUCUGUCAGAAACAGUGUGCUGAUGCUCACACAGAUUCAUAAUGAAACAUAAAUGUGAAGCUGAAAAGUGGCUGCAGGCAGAUUUUCUAAAGCUUCUGUGCUUCGUCAGCGUCGUUCAUGUUUCUGUUUAAACGACUGUGACGACACAAAAAGAGACGUCGUUUUCUUUCGUUUCAUUUUCAGUGUGUUAUUUUUGAAUAUGGUGAACUUGUGUUGACAGUUGUGUCAAACUGUAGAGGGCGCUGUUCAGAGGGAUCAUGUCUGAGGUGAACUGUAUUUGGACUCGUGCUGAAAUAAACCACCAAAGGAGCCUCACAGAGUCGACAGGUAUCUGCUCUGUCUCUUUGUCUCACUGGGUGAUUUAAAAAGAAUAUACAAAACACACGAUCAUGGAAUUUCUGGAAAAUUUAUGAAAUUAGGAAAAUUGUUUUCCAGGUCUGGAAAUGGUUCAGAAAUAACAGAAUGUUUAGGAAAAGUUUUAAAUGCAUGUUGUUUUAUAUUAUUGAAAAUCUGUCCAUAAAAAUCCCAGAAUGUGUUUCAUGAAA